AACCCUUUUGGUAGGGUUUCUUUACUUCACACUUAUAUCAUCGGAACCCUAGCUUGGCUUUUGUCAUAGGGAUUUGGGCAGUGGAAAUUUAUUUUGGAAGCCGCAGCAGGAGGAAUCAGCCAUGGUGAAGUAUUCGAGAGAGCCGGGUAAUCAUACCAAGUCCUGCAAAGCCAGGGGAUCAGACCUCCGAGUUCAUUUUAAGAAUACUAGGGAAACAGCCCAUGCAAUUCGCAAGCUGCCUUUGGCCAAGGCUAAAAGGUAUUUGGAGGAUGUUUUGGCUCACAAGCAAGCCAUUCCAUUCCGUCGCUUUUGUGGUGGGGUAGGAAGAACUGCACAGGCAAAGAACCGCCACUCAAAUGGACAAGGACGCUGGCCUGUCAAAUCUGCAAAGUUUAUUCUGGACUUGCUGAAGAAUGCUGAGAGUAAUGCAGAGGUGAAAGGUUUGGAUGUGGAUGCACUUCACAUAUCCCACAUUCAGGUAAACCAGGCUCAAAAGCAAAGGCGCCGUACAUACCGUGCUCAUGGAAGAAUCAAUCCUUACAUGUCAUCCCCAUGCCAUAUUGAGUUGAUUUUAUCAGAAAAGGAAGAGCCUGUCAGGAAAGAGCCUGAGAGUCAGUUGGCUUCUAGGAAACCAGAAAAGAAUCGAUCUCUACGCAGUGGUGCUUCUUCUUAAACAGCCAAAGAACCAAUUUAGAGUCUUAAUUCAAGUUUUGUUUUAAUUCUGUGCUGUGUCAAAACCUCACUCUUGUUUUUUCUGAGACAUUUUUGUACUCUUGUUCUGGUGUUUUCUUUUGCACUUGACAGUGUAGUAUGAUAUUUUUGUGCAAUGAAUUUCCUUGUCAACCUCA